AUGGAAAUAACUCUGGUUGGAAAAUUUCUGGACCCAAGGCUGAAUAUUUAUGUUGUCAGGGCAUUUGCAAAAUGUAAAUGGGUGCUUAAAGGUCAAGUGGAGAUCACUGCUAUGUCCAAAGGUGCGUUGUCGAUGGCCUUUUUAUGUAAGGAACACAUGUUGAGGGUGCUUUGUGAUGGUCCUUGGUUGAUUGGAAAAUCAAUGCUUGCUCUGCAAAAGUGGUCGCCUAAGAUGGACCUAAAUGAAUUCUUUUCUGUACAAGCUCCUAUUUGGGUCGGAUUGUCAGGCCUCCCCCUCGAGUUUUGGGUUGAAUAUGUCUUUAAAGGAAUCACUAGCUCCUUUGGGGAACUCUUAUCUAUGGAUCCUAUCACAACAGUUAGAAGAAGACUUACCUUUUCUAGGAUUUGUGUGGGAGUUAUGAAAGGCACAGAUAUGCCCUUAUCUAUCAAGAUUAACUCCAGAUUGGGGAAAUGGAACCAACCUAUGGAAUAUGAAAGUGUCCCUUUUGCAUGUUUUUACUGUAAAAAAUUAGGGCAUAUGGCUAGAAAAUGCCCUCUACAGGUUGUCAAAGAGAAAGAGAAGAAAGACAAGACAACGCAAUGGAGAGCAAAAAAACUUGCUAAGCAACCUGAGAUUGUUGAAAAAGAGAAAAUGGUAGAAGAAGCCCAGAGUGUCAUUGUCCUUGACACCUUCAAGCAACAAGGGAACAUUAAUGUAGAAAACCCAGAAAACCAAAUGCUUGAAGAAGGGAAAGAGGAUCAAAUGGGCAAAGAUGAGAGAGAAUGA